AUGCAGACUUCUUCUACAAACAUUUCUGAAAGAAUGGGUCGCUCUCAGGAACUCAGUGAAUUCAAGCGUGGUACCGUGAUAGGUUGCCACCUGUGCAAUAAGUCCAUCCGUGAUAUUUCCUUGCUACUAAAUAUUCCACGGUCAACUGUUAGUGGUAUUAUAACAAAGUGGAAGCAACUGGGAACAACAGCAACUCUGCCACAAAGUGAGCGGGGUCAGCACAUGCUGAAGAGCACAGUGCGCAGAAGUAGCCAACUGUCUGCAGAGUCAAUAGCUAAAGACCUCUAAACUUCAUGUGGCCUUCAGAUUAGCACAACAACAGUGUGUAGAGAGCUUCAUGGAAUGGGAUUACAUGGCUGA